AUGGUACAGAUCGAAGCCAAGAAGCCUUGGCGCUUUGUGUUCCGCUGCCUCGAUGUUCCCUUUAACUUCGCGCGGAGCCAUGAUCCGUUUGAUGUCUUCUUCAUGCGCUGGGACGAGUUCUGGCUCGUUCAUGGUCAUGCCGUGUGGGAACGUAACUUCUGGCAGCCCUUCGUGCCUCGCUCAACCGAGUAUUACCGCCGAAAGUGGCGACAAACUCGAGCUCAACGCGCUUUCCGUGAACUGGCGACGGAUCUGGUGAAGCGACUUGGUGAGGGUUAUCCUCAGGAUCUCGGCAAGUUGCUGCAGGAAGGCUGGUGUAUUUGGAGACUCGAGUGA